GGACUUGUGUCCUAUGUACAGAGGGAAAACGUUCGACUUUUAUUUUGCAAUAGGAGCGGACCGCAUGCAACCGGAAGGAAAGCAUGUGUAGGAGACAUUUCGACAGAAGUGUGUGAGCUGUUUUAUUAGUUUAAGAGGCGUUUUUUUCUGCACCACAGCGCUGUAUGGCAUUCAGAAAUAAGCUCUUCUGGAUUUUCGAUGGAGCAGUUUGAAGAAGAUUUGGUUGAGGCCCUUAAAGAUGUUGUAAAGGCCGGGAGCUGGCAGUGUGUCGGAGAUGCAGCGAAAUUUAAGUCACCAUGCACGAAAUUUUACGCAGACGAUGGCGAGCACAUCGUUCUUGUGCGGACAGAGGAAGGAAGGUUUUGGGCUAUGGACUCAUCCUGCCCACACGAAGGGGGCCCACUUGACCAAGGAGACAUUGAGGACCUUGGAGAUGGGAAACUGGCACUGAUAUGCCCCUGGCAUUAUUUUGACUUCAGCCUGGAGACGGGUUCCUCUUCCACAGGACUGCAGAAUCAGGUGUAUGAUGUCAGAGUGGUGGAUGGAAAGGUUUAUAUUAACACUCAAAGUACCUUGUCUUGCUACCCUGUCCCAGUGACAAAAACAGUAAAAAUGGAUGUCUUGUCACCAGUGGAAAUAAAGUCAGCAUCCUCGGAAAAUACACUCUGUUUCUGGGCCACGAAAAUCCUUUGUACUCCGGACCCAAAGGAAAAGGUGGCUUUGACUAAGGAUGUGCAGAGGUGGUGGCAUACUGGGAAAAUAACAGAAAUUGGGGAGUGUGCUCCACCGAAUCAGCCUAGCAGGAUGGAUAGCCUGACUGUGGUGGAGCCGGGCAAAAUCAAACGUGGCAAAGGAGGCACACAGGCAAGCAGGGUCGCUUUGCUUCAUUCUCUGGCCAACAUAGAGCAGUGGGCUAUUGACGUCUCAUGGGAUAUUAUAGCUCGAUUCUCUUCAGUCCAGCUUAGUACUGGAGACUCAAUGCCACAGGAGUUCUUCAGCGACUUUGUCAAAGUAGCAGGGGAUGAAGCCAAGCAUUAUGAUUUAUUAGAGGAAAGGAUCAAGGAACUGGGUAGCUCUUUUGGUACCCUCCCAGUGCAUAAUGGUUUGUGGCAGUCAGCGACGGAAACUUCUCAUAAUCUUCUAGCAAGAUUGGCUAUAGUGCACAUGGUCCAUGAAGCCAGGGGCUUAGACGUGCACCCUCAGACGCUGUCCCGCUUUGCAGCUCAGGGAGACACAAACUCGGUAAAGAUCCUAAAGGUCAUCUACACUGAUGAGAUCACUCAUGUGGCUGCAGGACUGCGAUGGUUCACAUACAUCUGUUCCAAGGAGGGACGGGAUUGCUUGACGACUUUCCAUGAUUUGGUGAAGUUGCACUUCAAAGGGUAUUUAAAGCCCCCUUUUAACACAGAGGGGAGGAUGACAGCAGGGAUGACAGAAGAGUGGUAUGUUCCACUUGUUAAACCCUCCAGCUGACCGAAGGUGUCCUUCACCAUUUGAUAUGAAAAGAUAAGCAGCUAUUCACUCACUUCUGUUCAGUAUACGCUCACUCACCAGUAACUGCCAUCAUUUACACUUCAGUGAAAAUUAGCUGUACUUGUUUUAUGUGUCCAUUGCUGUUGUGAAAUGGUUAUUUAUGCAGGUUUUUAAAGUACUGCUGCUAUAUUGAAUGGUAUCUUCUGUUUUUUUAUGCAUCAAAUGCAUAGAAAAGUGAUGGACUAGUGGUUAAUCUUACAUGUAAAAAUUCACAGAAGUAUUUCUUGGAAAUUUAAGAAUAUUUUUUUCUGAAAGGGGAAAAAAAAUAUUUAAAAAAGUUAACUUUUUUUGUAUGCACCAUAUUAAGUAUGAUCCAAUAAAUAUAAUCUCCAAAGUUG